UUUAUCUCCCUGAGCGUCGGCUCCGAUUGCAAACGGGGGAUAAUAAUAGUACCCGCCUCCUAAUUGUGAGGAUUAGAGAGGAAGCUGGCUAAGGAUUUAGCAGGAGGGCCGGAAUAUAAUGAAUCCAACACGUGUGAGCUGUUUAUUACUUUUAGGUUUCCGGUAAUUUUCCUCAAAUAGAAUCAGGAAUGUACAAGGUGCGAUCUUUGGGGUAAAUGACCAGUAACUGAAGAAGGACAAGAAGUCAAUGAAACACCCUUUGAAAGUCGCCUCAUACAGUAACGGGAUAUCUAUAAAAGUUUAGAGAAGUCACGAGGAAUGGACACCUGAGGCUGGAAUACUACAUUUCCCAGAAGCCUCUAAGGGCCUACAACUCCCAAGCACCCUUUGGUCGCUGACGUCUCCCGGAAGCGAGCACGUGCGGGCAGCCAGCAUACGUCAUGGCGGCCAGACGCCUCUUCGGAGCUGCCCGGACCUGGGCCGGCUGGCCGGCGCGGCAGCUCCCGGACCCCGCCGAUCCCGGAAGACUCCUUGUACGGGAUUAUGCCAAGAAAGCGGUCGUUAAGGGGGGUCGAGGCGGCAAAGGCGCGGUCAGCGAGGCCCUGAAGGACCCGGAGGUGUGCACGGACCCGGUGCGGCUCAGCACGCACGCCAUGGGCGUCAACAUCUACAAGGACGGGCCCGAUGUGGCGCUCAGGCCGGACGCCGAGUACCCCGAGUGGCUGUUCCAGAUGAACUUGGGCCCCCCCAAGACGCUGGAGGAGCUGGACCCCGAGACCCGCGAGUACUGGCGGCUGCUGCGCAAGCACAACAUCUGGCGCCACAACCGGCUCAGCAAGAACCAGAAGUUCUAGAGGGCGGGUCGCCUGAGCCCAGGCCGCGAGGACCCCGAGGGACCCCCGAGGGCGCGGCUCCCACCAUCCCGCCCCCGAGGGAGACUGUCUUUCCGGGAGAAACAGCCUUUUCCAUGAACGGAGCCUCCCCCGGCUCCCGUGUGCGCCCCUCAGCGAGGCUGGAUCAGGGCCGGGCUGGGGGGGGAUAAAGACCCCGGGGCCGGCCUUGGGGGGGGGUGGUCUGACAGCGCCCGGAGGGGGAGAGAUGCCAGCGGGGAGGGGCCCCAGCUGCCACCCCCUGCUGAGCCUCUGUGGGCCAUCCUCACCUCCAGGCAGAACUGGAUUUCUUGUCCGGAUUCUUGAAUUCUUCGCCCUGUGCAACGGGCCCCACCUCAGUCCUCGAGGGCCGGAUUUUUCUAGCCAAGCCUCUGGGUUGCCAGGGGAUCAACCCCACCCAGGCCACCCGAAGCGGAAGAGUUGUGAGCUUCAGGAACUGAGAUGUCCGGGAGUGGCUUUGGCUUCAGGCAGGGCUGGAUCCAGGUGCUUCAGUAUCCGGAUAUGUGUCUCUCUCUCUCUCUGAGUCCUUUCAGCCUCCAGUGGGUAGUUCUCCCCGGCAGAGUUGACUCCAUCCUAACCCAUUUCAGCAACGACUUUCCUUCCUGUGAAGGUCACGGGGCUUUCUCCAGGGGCCAGUCACUUGAGCCCAGGCGGCUGGGCUGUGGAUCAUCCUCCCGUCCAUCUGUAGUGGUCGCACUGGUGCUCGGGUCUCAGCUGUCGUGUUGUGCGCCCGCCACCACCCACCCCCCUUGAAAUACAUCCUGCCGUCUGCAUUGGGCACCGAGAAUCUGGCCACAGCGCAGGGGAAAAGUGCGGCUCCCGCAGCCCCACCUCCUGCCCGGCCUGGCUGGGAGGGCGGGUGUGCGGGGGUCUCAGGGCUGAGGCCUGAGCCCGCGGACUGGAGGGUUGGAGGAGGCCGGCCCGUCACGUGGGGUCUGCAGGCCCCGUCCUCUCCCGGGUAGGCUCCGCCCCCAUGGCCAUGGCCCCGCCCUCUCCUAGGUAGGCCCUGCCCCACAGCUGUGGCCCCACCCUCUCCCGGAUAGGCUCCGCCCCCAUGGCCAUGGCCCCGCCCUCUCCUGGGUAAGCUCCGCCCCCAUGGCCCCGCCCU